CUUUAGCCUGAGAGCUUGCGGCAGCCGUUGGCAGGAAGGAACUGGUUCUGUUACACUCUUACGCUCGCUGGGUUUGUGCCGCUGACUCUCAGGAGAGACACCCAGAGCUGCUCCAACUGGCUUUGCCUCUGGACUUGCUGUGAAAGACCUCCCUGCGAACGCUGAGUGUUCAUCCUCGGCACUUGGACUCCUACAGCAUCCAGGGCCGGAUCCCCACAGGCUUCCAGGUCCUAGACCCCAGCAGACGCUAAGCUAUGGCUUCCAUGGGGCUGCAGGUGAUGGGUAUCGCUCUGGCCGUGCUGGGCUGGCUGGGCGCCAUACUGAGCUGCGCGCUGCCCAUGUGGCGCGUGACGGCCUUCAUCGGCAGCAACAUCGUCACGUCCCAGACCAUCUGGGAGGGCCUGUGGAUGAACUGCGUGGUGCAGAGCACAGGCCAGAUGCAGUGCAAGGUGUACGACUCGCUGCUGGCGCUGCCGCAGGACCUGCAGGCGGCCCGUGCCCUCAUCGUCGUCUGCAUCAUCUUGGCCGUGCUCGGUGUGCUGCUCUCGGUGGUGGGCGGCAAGUGCACCAACUGCGUGGAGGAUGAGAGCGCCAAGGCCAAGACCAUGAUCGUGGCCGGCGUGGUGUUCCUGCUGGCCGGCUUGCUGGUGAUGGUGCCCGUGUCCUGGACGGCCCACAAUAUCAUCCGCGACUUUUAUAACCCACUGGUGGCCUCGGGCCAGAAGCGGGAGAUGGGUGCCUCGCUCUACAUUGGCUGGGCCGCCUCUGGCCUGCUGAUGCUCGGUGGGGCCUUGCUUUGCUGCAACUGCCCGCCCCGUACCGACAAGCCCUACUCGGCCAGGUACUCUGCCGCCCGCUCCGCCCCAGCCAGCAACUACGUGUAAGGCGCUACCGUUGACUCUUUUCCUUUCGGCUUUGUUUCUCCCUGGACUGAGCUUACUGUGACCCCAGGAUGGCCCUGCCAAGUAGGGACUGAGCCAGGCCGUUGGCCAGCAGCCCUCAGCCCCUUCUGGCCCUCUCGGACAUUUUCUCAAGGUCACCUCCAACACUAGCAAGGAUGGAUGGAAAGAGACUCCUGUACCACCCUCCUCGGAAUGGCUGAGGAUACAGGGGGCUGGCUCCUGCUGGCCCGGACGGCCUGACUUUGCUUGGGCUCUGCCUCUGAGUGGGUGCUCAGCGGACCAUGGGACCAUGUCCGUGCUGACCGCUGUCCCCUUCUUUGAUCCUCCCCACUCCCUCUGCCAGCAUCCGCUGGGUGGGUCAGCGAGCACUGGGGCUGUGCCUUGCCCAUAGAAACCUGUGGCCACGAGAACGGCUGCCUUGCUCACCCACCUGCCCUUGGAGCAUAGUUGCCGAGCAAAGAGUGGACGGACAGGUUUAGAGGGGAGGGGCGGAGGUGCUACGAACUGGUUUGGGUAGUGGCGGGGGAGGGGGCUAUGGAGGCGGCCCAGGCUGCCCACACCCCUUCCCGCCCCUGCCCUGCGGCCUCCGAAGAAGGACCCCGGGCCCCUUGAGACUGGCUACCUCUGGAUCCUCACCCGUGCCAAGGUCAUUGGAGAGGCUGGAGAGGCAGGGGGAAUGCUCUUUCACUGGCCCUAACCCCAGGAAGUCCUGGGGCUUUCCCCUGCCUGCUACGAGGUUUCUGUUUUGUAAUUUAAACUAUUUGUCACAGUAAUUGCUAUUAUUUUCUACAAUAAAUGGGACCUGUGCACAGGAA